UUGAUUCUUGACUCUACUUUAAGAGAGAGAAAAAUCGUGCUCCCCAAGCCAUCGCAAAACUAAAACCCCUUCUAUCGACAGAGAGCUAACCGGGGACUUUCACAGAGGGAGAAAGAGCGAGUGAGAGACAUCAGGGAUGGCGAGCGCGGACGUGGAGGCGGUGGAUUUCGAGCCCGACGAGGACGAUUUGAUGGACGAGGAUGGUCCGGCUGACGGAAAUGCGUCGCCGCGAGCCCCGCUUCCCAAGCUAAAGUCUGCAAUCACCGGCGGUGCGUCUUCUUCACUAGCCCCCAAGAAGACCAAGGGCCGUGGAUUCCGCGAGGAGGGUGAUGCCGAACGCCACAACCGCCUCUCUUCCCGAGACUUCGAUUCCCUCGGCUCCGACGGCGGCCCUGGCCCACAACGAUCCAUUGAAGGAUGGAUUAUUCUGGUUACUGGUGUACAAGAAGAGGCACAAGAGGAUCAUUUGCAGAAUGCAUUUGGUGAGUUUGGGGAAAUGAAGAAUCUCCAUUUAAAUCUUGAUCGCCGAACUGGGUUUGUUAAGGGCUAUGCGUUGAUUGAGUAUGAAAAAUUUGAGGAAGCACAGAAUGCAAUAUCUGCAAUGAAUGGAGCUGAAUUACUUACAAAGACAAUCUACGUGGACUGGGCCUUUAGCAACGGACCCAGUGUUGGACCCUACAAAAGAAAGAACAUGAGGUUUGCUCCUGUGCGGACUUUGAUCUGGCCGUUCGCAUCGUUCGAGGAGUCCUAGGAGGAGGUACUGAUGUUUUCUUUAUUUAUUGUGAGGGCUGAUGGAUUUUUGAUGAGGGCUCUGGUGUCAUAUUUUGCUCGAAAGAUUUCUAUUUGAGAUUCACUGUAUGUGUAUUUGGAAAUGUGGUUGGUUAAUGUUCCUCACUUCCUCUUUGAAUCAUAUACUUUUGUCUAAUUGGUGCUGGUUCUUAAUUUUGGGGCGUAGUAACUUGGGAUUAUAGUAGGAUGAUUACUGAUUUCUAUGAUGCUAGCUCGCCUGGCGGAUUUAUCUGAUAUUCUUAUGCUUCUUGAAUAUAGUCUUAGUGAGUAACUUAUGAAA